GGCAUCCUUCUGACAAAUAACACAAGGAGGCGGGAUGAGAUUUUCAGUCUGUCUGGUAGGACAAUCAACUCACUGAGCUCUUCUAGCCCUACUUGGAAGCGUGUUCCUUCAGUUUUACAGAUAGUACAAGGCUGGUGUGUUAGAAUCAGUCAAGCAAACUUUGAAUUUCAGAGUUUAAACGGCUUUAGGUAGCCUAGCCUCAAAGAGAUGACUGGUUUGACAAGUCCGCAUUUCCCUACUCAACUGGAUUGGUAACAUAGCAAGGGAAUCUUUGUGGCGUAUGAACACAGCCAGUCAGCUCAUUCCAGCUGAGAUCUUGCAAAAGCAGAGGCCAAGGCACUCUGUUCUGAAAGCAUCAAAAGCAGUAAAUGGCCUCUAUCAGGAAGAAGUUGGUGAUUGUUGGGGACGGCGCUUGUGGGAAGACAUGUCUGCUCUCGGUUUUCACCAAAGGCCUGUUCCCUGAAGUCUACAUACCUACUGUAUUUGACAACUAUGUGGCAGACAUGGAAGUGGAUCAGAAAAAGAUGCAAUUGGCACUUUGGGACACUGCAGGUCAGGAAGACUAUGACCGACUGAGGCCGCUUUCCUAUCCAGACAGUGAUGUAGUCCUUCUGUGCUUCUCUGUGGUCAACCGGGACAGUUUAGCAAAUGUUAAAGAAAAGUGGAUUCCUGAAGUGAGACACUUCUGUCCUUAUGUUCCCAUAGUCCUGGUGGGGAACAAAACGGAUCUUCGCAACGAUAAAUAUGUCAGAGAAACGCUUGCCGAACAGAAUGAGGAGGUAAUUAAUCAUGAAGACGGGAUAAACAUGUCUAAUCAAAUUGCUGCCUACAGCUACCAGGAGUGUUCUGCUAAAAACAAUGAAGGCGUGAGGGAAGUCUUUGACACUGCAGCUAAGGCAGCAUUGUCGUACAACAGCCGUCGGAAGAGGAAUCACUGUGUGCUUUUAUAAACUCUGGUGAAAAGUAACGCUAUCCUGAAGCUCUCAUGAAGGGCAGAUCCUAAAUCUGUAGAACUUAAAGGGAGGGAGGAAUUUAAAGCCAAGGUGUUUCAAGCCAAGGAUGAUUUGUACCUCAAGAAGAGCAAAGACAAGAACAGCUAAGCUAUAGAAAAACUGUAAUGAGAGUCAUGACCUUGUACAAAAUCAAUUUGUAAUUUGAUUUAAAAAUAAUUAUUGCCAAUAGUAAUAUAAACCUUUCUUGACACCAUAACACCACAAUUUUAAGUGCUGAGACAUUUUUGUGCCACACUGUGAAAUUCAUAAACCAGGGGAUCAAUUCACAAACAGGUGAGCAGAAUUAGCCUUCAUAUUUUGUCAAUAUGUACUGUAUUAUCUUCACAAGGCAUUGUAUAUUUUUAGUCUUCCUUUUAAGCCAUCAUAUCUCCAUUAUACUGUACUGUACACCUAUGAUCUUUUGUGACAGGUUUUUCCAGCCAUAUUUUAACUGUAUAACUCAAUUAUCAUGACAUUCUGAAUACAGAAAAUGAACUAAUAUUCUGUUACUGGUGAAAUGUUUCUUGUUAGUUACACGUUUUGGUUGUGGUAUCUUCUUUUUAAGCAUUUUUGUUUUUGUGAAUACUUUUUGUUGCAUUCAGUUAUCAUUUACUGCAACGACUUGAUGUUUAUUUUUAUGCCACUCAUAAAAUUUCUUGCAUGCUUUCAUAUUUGGUCAAAAGCUUUACGAAAUAGCCUAAGAUCAUGUCCAAUUUCAGAUUUACUUGCCAUAUUGUCAAGAGAUUACACUGUCAUAAAAUUUGUAAAACACAGUGGUCUUGUUCUUUAAUGUAAGGAUAUUGUAUUGAUCAAAUGCUUUAUUGAACAGCAGCUUCAACAGAAACUUUAAUAUAAGAAUAUGUAUUGUACUUACAGGAAAAUGCAAGCAGUAGUUUAUGUUAUAAUGUUUUUGUAAUGGUAUCUCAUUCAAUAAAGUGAAUGAAAAAGAAAUACUG